UGUUGUAUCAAGAAGAAGUCUAAUACUCUUUCAAGCUGUUAAGGAGUCAUUCAAACUUUUUAGUCAAAAAAGAAAAAACUAUUAUAAGGAGCCAAUUGCGCAGCUGGUUGAUAGGAGUAUUAUACCCCUUGUUUCUUUAUACAAAUGCAUCCACUUCUCUUAAAUUCUUCCAUCAAACAAAGCACAAUUUACUGAUCAAGUGAUGGAUGCUGAAGAAGAAAUAACGAAAGGGCAAGCCGAAAUAUGGGAGCAUGUGUUUGCAUUUGCAGAUUCAAUGGCAUUGAAAUGUGCAGUUGAACUUGGUAUACCAGAUAUUAUCAACUCUCAUGGUCAUCCGGUCACAUUGUUUGAGAUCAUCAACAGUUUAAAAACAACCACAUCAUCAUCAUCUCCCAACAUCGAUUAUCUUACUCGUGUGAUGAGAUUGUUGGUCCGUAAACGCAUUUUUACUUCUGAUUUUCAUCAAGAAACCAAUCAAAUCUUGUAUGGUUUAACUCCUUCAUCCAAAUGGUUAUUAAGAGAUUCUAAAUUUAAUCUAUCCCCAAUCAUUUCAUUUUUUCUUCAUCCUUCAAUAUUGAAACCAUGGCAAUAUCUAGGAGAUUGUACUAAAGAAAAUGGUCUUGCUUUUGAGAAAGCUCAUGGGUGUGAAAUUUGGGAUAUGGCAGCAGCUGAUCCUCAUUUCAAUCAAGUUUUCAAUGAUGGAAUGGGGUGCACGGGUAAGAUGGUAGUUAACAUGAUGUUGACCGAAUAUAAAGAUGGAUUUAACGAUAUAGGAUCGCUUGUUGAUGUUGGCGGUGGGAAAGGGGAGAUGAUAGCAGCAAUCGUUGAGGCUAAUCCACACAUAAAAGGUAUCAAUUUUGAUCUACCUCAUGUACUGGCUACUGCACAAGAACAUCCAGGGGUCACCCAUGUUACAGGUGAUAUGUUUGUUAAGAUUCCGGAAGCCGAUGCCGUUAUAAUGAAGUGGAUAAUGCAUGACUGGAGUGAUGAAAAUUGCGUCAAGAUUUUGAAAAAUUGUUAUAAGGCAAUAUCAAAGACGAAGAAUGGAAAGGUUAUUAUUGUUGAUUGUGUACUGCAACCAGAUGGAAAUGGCUUAUUUGAUGAAGCAGGAGUGGCGUUUGAUCUACUGAUGAUGGUAAUCCCAGGAGGAAAAGAAAGAACUGAAGUCGAAUGGAACAACUUACUGAAAAGUGCAGGCUUCCCUCGUUAUAAUAUUAUACAAAUUCCCACAACCCAUUCUAUCAUUGAGGCCUUCCCAGAAUGACGGCCAAAGACUAAUGCUCUUAAGACUAAGCAUUUCAUAUCCCUGUAUUCCAUUAUAUGCCAAUUUACAUGUACGAUUUAUUUGUUUUAAGCUGACCAACAAACCUAAUAAACACAGAGGUCUAAUCCGGACUACGAGUAUUGGAGAUUAGAGUGCUCAAUGUAUGAUAAAUCACCUAUCAACUCAUGUGUGGAAUUUUUUGAACUAAUUUGUUGUUUUACUAGAAGAUAUUAUUAUCGUGUCUCUGUA